AUGCCCAAGGGAGCUAGCAUCCCAGACGCCUGGGAGGAUGACUGGGAGACUCAGGCUGACAAGGCAGAGGAGCAGAACGAGGAGCCCGCUCCUACACAGCAGGCAUCUCUGACAAAGGCAGAGCGCCUUGCACAGCAUGCAGAAUCUAACAGAAAGCUCUGGCAAGCAGCUGACGCCCCUGAGGAGUUUCAUUAUGUCUCCACCAGCAACAACGUGCCGCUUGCGACGACCUUUAAGCCCGCCAUGAAAGUCCUGAGCCGGAAACCUGCGCCGCGCAUGAUAGCAAAACGAGACCCGGUGACAGGGUUAGAGCAAUUGACUAUCGAGGACGACAAGGACGACGACGACGAGGCUAAAAAGAACCAGCCUACACCAGAGGAGAUCCGCAUGCGCCAGCAGAAAGAGCUGGAGGAAAAGCAGCGGCGGCAACUCCACGCCUGGCAACGUCACGCCGCCGCAGAAUGA